AUGGAAAAAAGUAGGCGGUAUAUUUCAAAUGAAUUUCUGGAGGAGUUUGAAGAGAAUGAACAUAAUAUAAUAUUGAUAAAAAAAAAGAUUAAUGAAUAUUCUUUCAAAUUAAACAAUGAAAAUGAGAUGCAUGCAAAUCAGUCGAUUUAUUGUGGUAUUGGUGGUAUAUUAUAUAUGGACAUAGUAUUAUAUGAAUAUAAUAAUGAUUAUAUAUAUUUAGAAUUUGGUAAUAAUAUAAUAAAAAGAAUAAAUAGAUAUACUUGUAAGAAUUGUAUAAGUUUUUUAGAAGGUAAUAUAGGGGUAGUUAGUUUAUCAUGUGUUUUAAAUAAGUAUAUAGAAAAUGAUAAGGGUGUAGAUAUAAAUAUAAAAGGUUUAAUUCAAAACUUAAAAGAUAAUUCAAAAGAAUUAUUACAAAUAAAUAGUAAUUGUGAAUUAUUAUAUGGAAAAAGUGGAUAUAUAUAUUCUCUAUUAUUUUGUAAAAAUACAUGGAUAAAUACAAAAUUCAAAUUUUUUAUAUUAAAAAAUUUAUAUAAUAUAAUGAAUUCAAUAUUUGAAUAUGGUUUAACAGAAGGUGAAAAAAAUUAUAGUAAUACAUUCCUUAGUUUAUAUUUUGAAUGGCAUAAACAAAUAUAUUUAGGUAGUGCCCAUGGUUAUGCAGGUAUAUUUUUAAUACUAUAUAAACUUAUAUUAUUUUUAUUUAAUCACAUUGAUGAUUUGUCUAUAUCGUUAAUUUUAUGCUAUAACAAUGAAGUGGUAGAUUUAAACAAUUUAGACAAAAAUGAAAUGAACAAAUGUAAAAAUGUCGUUAUUUCAAAACUUAAUGAAAAUAUAAAACUUAUAUAUAAAGUAGUAGAUGAAAUAUUACAAUUUUAUUUAACCGAUGAAUAUAAUGUUUAUUCAUCAGUUCGAAGAAAACAAAAAAGUCAAGAAAUAAGUUACACAAUUGAUAAUGGUAAUAAUUUUGUAAAAAAAAAAGAACAACUAAUUCAAUGGUGUCAUGGAAAUGUAGGAUUUAUUAUCCUUUUAAUUGAAUUAUUAAAAUAUAAAUAUGUACCAAUUAAUUUUAAAGAAAAAUAUAAUCAAAAAUUUUUAGAAAAAAUGGGAUUAUUAAUUUGGGAGAAAGGAUUAUUAUAUAAAGGAUUUGGUUUAUGUCAUGGUAUAUCAGGUAAUGGAAUUGUUUUUUUAUAUUUAUAUAAUUUAACUAAUGAUAAAAAAUGGUAUAAUAUGGCAUUAAAAUAUGGUCUUUUUUGUAUAAAAUAUUUUGACAAAUUUUAUAAUAUUCCUGAUAGACCUAAUUCUUUAUAUGAGGGUUAUGCAGGUCUAGUUGUUUUUUUAUCAUUUAUUGUGAACCCUCAUUUGGCGUACUUUCUUGGAUAUGAUUUUCCAAACAAUUUGAUUUCUACUGAUGUGUGA